AUGAACGCGAAUUUGGUUAAGCGCGAGGCAGCCAGUCUUCGCAGAAAAACUUCCUUGGAGAAACGAUUCGAUGAUGCCCGCUUCACGUACUACGCAGAUGGCCUUGGUGCUUGUGGACAGACCAAUCAACCCGGCGAUUUCAUCGUUGCCUUGAAUUCAGCACAAUACAACGGUGGGCAGUACUGCUUCCAAAUGAUCACUAUUACUGUUGGGGGGAAGACUACCCAAGCUCAGAUAAUGGAUGAGUGUCCUGGAUGUCCAUAUGGAGGUCUUGAUUUUUCAGAAGGCCUAUUCCAAUACUUUGCCUCGCUCGACGAAGGUGUUCUGACUGGAUCCUGGAAUUUCGAUUCGGGAGCUACUUCUACCUCUGCGACACCCACCUCGACAUAUACUCCUCCAACUUCUACCUGGUCACCACCUCCAUCCACAUCCUCCACGAGCACCUGGACGCCUACCUCUACAAGCACUCGGAGGAGUUCGUCAACUUUGUUAUCCUCUACCUCUCCGUCGACGUCCUCGUCGACGUCCUCGUUGACAUUCACGUCUUCGUCUUCAUCGUUGUUGUCGUUUUCCACCUCCAGUACCGCUACCACAAGCACCACAUCAGCCACACCAACAGCCGUUGUCCCGUCUGGGGUUUUCGAAAUACUUGAAGCAGCUGUCAUGGGGAUGGGAUUGGUAGCUGCUAGCGGGGCCGGUGCUACGUUUACUGCGUGA